AAUAAAUAUAAGCAUAGAAAAGGGGUUUCCCGCUCCACCAUCUCCAACUCUUUGUAAAACUAGGGUUUAAGCAGCUUGUGUUCCCAAUCAGGUCAGAGAAAUGGAGAUCGAUAUGAUUGAGCCGGAAGAUAUCGCCGUCCGAGAGCGUUUUCGCCGUUACGGAAAAAGACCGUUACCUCCAAAAUCUUACGAAAUCAGGUCAAACUCCGCGCUGAUUAUCGAAAAUAUCAAACAAGAGCUUGAGAGUUUUGAUGCUGCUGCACAUUCACAAGGAAUUGCAUCAAACACACAUUCUAAUUUUAACAGGAGAUCCUUGAUUGAUAGUCAUGGAGGGUCCGAGAUUGAAGCUGCUUCUAAUGCAGUUCUUCAAUUCGGAAAUCAUCCCCUCAAAAUAUGCAAAACCGAGGACGAUGACUUAACGUAUAGUGGAGACGCAAUGUUUGCUUUCUUUGCUCAGCUUCUGGAUUCUACUCUUCAAGGUUUAAUGCCCGUCUCUGAUUUGAUAUUGAAACUGGAGAAAGAAUGUCGUGAUGUGUCAAAGUCAAUAAGGUAUGGCAGUGAGAAACUAAGGAUUGGAGAGGACAAACUAAUGAGGCAGACCGCUCGACUUCUACUAGACGAGGCUGCUUCCUGGUCUCUUCUGUGGCAUCUUUACGGCAAAGGUGAAGAAUUUCCAGAAGAUCUAGUCGUGACUCCAACAACAUCUCACUUGGAGGCUUGCCAGUUUGUUGUGGAAGAUCACACAGCACAACUUUGCCUUAGAAUCAUCCAGUGGCUUGAAGGUUUAGCUGCUAAAUCUCUUGAUUUGGAUAAUGAGAUUCGAGGUUCUCAUGUUGGUACUCAUUUGCCUAGUACAGGGGUUUGGCACCAUACUCAACGCUUAUUACGAAAGGGCGUCUCAAAUCCAAAAAUUAUCCAUCAUUUGGAUUUUGAUGCUCCAACUCGGGAACAUGCUCAGGCACUGCCUGAUGACAAAAAACAAGAUGAAUCACUUUUGGAAGAUGUCUGGAUUCUGUUAAGGGCUGGAAGACUGGAAGAGGCAUGCAAUCUUUGCCGAUCUGCUGGACAGCCAUGGAGGGCUGCAACUUUAUGUGCUUUUGGAGGAUUGGAUCACUUUCCGUCGGUUGAAGCUUUAAUGAAAAAUGGCAAGAACAGAAGCCUGCAAGCAGUUGAGCUGGAAAGUGGGAUUGGUCAUCAACGCCGUCUUUGGAAAUGGGCUUCCUAUGUUGCAUCUGAGAGGAUUGCAGAGGAAGAGGGCAGUAAAUAUGAAGCAGCAAUUUAUGCUUCCCAAUGCAGUAACUUGAAGCGCAUUCUUUCUAUUUGCACAGAUUGGGAGUCUGCCUGCUGGGCAAUGGCCAAGUCAUGGUUCAAUGUUCAGGUUGACAUGGAAUUAGCUCGCUUUCAACCGGGUGCUAUAAGUCAGUUAAAAAGCUGUGAAGAUGCUAUUGAAAAUAGUCCUGGAGAACAGGUUUGUGUUUCUCAGCCAAUAGCUGGACCGGAAAGUUGGCCUCUCCAAGUAUUGAAUCAGCAACCUCGAGAUCUUUCUGCGCUUCUGCAGAAUCUCCAUUCUAGUGAUGUGGUGCAUGAAGCUGUUCAUCGCGGCUGCAGAGAGCAGCAUAGGCAAAUUGAGAUGCGUCUUAUGCUAGGAGAUAUACCACAGCUUCUGGAUCUUAUCUGGUCGUGGAUAUCGCCUUCUGAAGAUGAUCAAAAUGUCUUCAGGCCUCGUGGUGAUCCACAAAUGAUUAGGUUUGGUGCACAUUUAGUGCUUGUGCUUCGAUAUUUACUUGCAGAAGAGAUGGCAGAUACUUUCAAAGAGAAGAUAAUGACUCUUGGUGACCUCAUCAUACACAUGUACGCAAUGUUUUUAUUUUCCAAACAACACGAGGAUUUGGUCGGAAUCUAUGCUUCUCAGCUGGCAAGGCAUCGGUGCAUUGAUCUGUUUGUGCACAUGAUGGAGUUGCGGCUUAAUGGAAGUGUGCAUGUCAGAUAUAAUAUAUUCCUUUCAGCUAUAGGGUACUUGCCAUUCACUGCUGAAGAUGAAACAAAGGGCAGUUUUAUUGAAAUUAUAGAAAGGGUUCUAUCAAGAUCAAGAGAAUUAAAAGUUGAAAAUUAUGAAAAAGCUUCCAUUGUGGCAGAGCAGCAUAGAAUACAAAGUAAACAGAAAGCUAUGGUGAUUCAGUGGCUCUGCUUUACGCCGCCUUCGACAAUCACUGAUGUUAAGAGUGUUAGUGCCAAACUUCUCUUUCGAGCACUGAUGCACAGCAAUGUCCUGUUCCGGGAAUUUUCUCUUCUGUCUAUGUGGAGAGUACCAGCAAUGCCCGUUGGAGCUCACACCUUGCUUAGUUUACUUGCUGAGCCCUUGAAUCAGCUUACAGAUUCUGCUGAGGGUUAUGAUGUUACUGAAAAUCUGAAGGAGUUCAAUGACUGGAGUGAGUACUACUCAUGUGAUGCAACUUACCGCAAUUGGCUAAAGAUUGAUAUGGAGAAUGCCGAAGUUGCUCCUCACGAAUUAUCAGGUGAGGAAAAGCAAAGAGCAGUUGCAGCAGCAAGAGAAACAUUAGAUUCAUCACUGCAGCUGUUACAAAGAAGCGGAAAUUCGUGGUUAAUUCUGGCUGAAAAUGGUAUAGAUGAAUCACCCGAACCUGUAUUUUUGGAGUUACAUGCAACUGCAAUGCUUUGUCUUCCUUCUGGUGAGUGCAUGUCUCCAGAUCCCACUGUGUGCACUACAUUAAUGAGUUGCCUUUACUCUUCAGUGAGUGAGGAAGUUGUGCUGAAUCGCCAAUUAAUGGUAGAUGUCACCAUGGCAGCUAAGAACAAUUACUGCAUUAAUGUUGUGCUUCGCUGCUUGGCAGCAGAGGGUGACGGGCUGGGACCACAUGAACUCAAUGAUGGUGGUCUUCUUGCUACUGUAAUUGCAUCAGGCUUCAAAGGUGAGCUUGUUCGAUUUCAAGCUGGAUCAACAAUUGAGAUCUCUAGAAUCGAUGCCUGGUAUUCAAACAGUGAAGGUUCUUUGGAGGAACCAGCAACAUACAUUGUGAGGGGGCUUUGUCGCAGGUGUUGCAUUCCAGAAAUUAUUCUUCGCUGUAUGCAGGUUUCUGUUUCACUUAUGGAGUCUGGAAAUCUACCCGAAGGCCAUGACGAUUUUAUUGAACUCGUGUCAUGCCCUGAAACUAGAUUUUUGUGUUUGUUUAGUCAGCAACAGUUACAGGAAUUCUUGUUGUACGAGAGAGAUUUCUCUAUAUGCAAGAUGGCGGAGCUUCAGGAUGAACCUAUCUCCUGAUUUUGAUGCUGCAAAAGAUAGUUAUAUAUUAUGUAAUAGAUAAAAUCUAGUAUUAUGUUACUGUGGGGCUGCUAGGCCUCUGUUAAAACAUUGGUUGAAAGUAAUCAUUUCUCAUAUAGCUUUUUUAAUAAAAAAUAAAUAUUUUUUUUUA